AUGGUCAUGAGCCAGGUUCUUUGGCCGUACAUGAAAGAUGAGUCUGCGGACCUGGAUGAGAGGAGGGAAGUCUUCAGAUACUAUGGAACGUUCACUGGAACGUUCCUCACCAUGUUCGAGGUGUUGCUGGCAAACUGGGCUCCUCCGGCUCGAAUCCUUGUGGACUACGUCAGUGACUGGUUCGUCUAUGUGUUCGUCGUCUACCGCUGUGUGGUGGGGUUUGCCGUCCUGAACGUAGUAUCUGCUGUCUUCAUUCAGCAGACGAUGAAGGUGGCACAGGCAGAUCAGGAGCUCAUCUUGAAGCAGCGGCUCAGAUCCGAGCAAGCGUAUGCUGCGAAGAUGAGUGCUGCUGCGCAGUCGUGCGAUCGCCGCGCGGAUCAGAUUGUGACAGCUUUGCAGGAUCCCGUAGCUUUGACUUCCCGCAUCUUCCCGCCAUGUGCCUGGAUGGUAGCAAAGGCUCCCUCUGAGCCAUUGCCUCCCGAGACCCCUCGUUGGCACUUUCGUCCACCAGUCCCUGCGGGCCAGCGACCCUGGCGAAACUUCACGGAGCAUUGUCGCGAGAAGAUCGGGAACCGGCCAGAGAUUCCACCGGCUCCAAGAGGUUUCUCCUUGGAGCCCCUGGAGUCGCGACGCGUUGAGGCGCCUCAGAGCGGGCCUGGCAAAGAAGAGGAUUUCUCCGCUGCGCGGCUCUGCCUAAAGCAGGAGAUUCGUGCAGCUCUGCGUCAGUGCUCCAGCAUUCAGGUGCUUGAUGCCACACUUGCAGCGGCCAGAGGCAAAUCAAAGCCUCCACCCGAAGGCCGUGAACCCUUGAAGAAGCUGCUAGCUGUGCUGCGACCGGCAAAGCAUACCAAGGCGGCACACGGUGCCCAUAGAGUUGGCAAGCUAAUCUCGCAGGCGCUGCGCCAGGAGGAGAGCCACCGGCGCUUUUCACUGGUGCGCCAAAGUGGGCACGCGGACAGGAAGAAGGACCGUCGAAGCCCGCGAAAGGCGAUCUUUCGGGGAGAGAACGAGCUGGCAUCGAUGCUACAGUCCUUUGAGCCGGAGGCUGCGGACCUUAGCCAACUUAUUCAGGCAGCCUUUCGCCACCUUGGCCGUGGUGGGCGACUCAAUAAGAAGGACCUUCGCAGGGCUUUGCGACAUUGUGGCUUCAAAGAUGUCAAGAGCGAUUGGCUAGAAGAGAUCUAUGAGAGGUUGACGAUGGUGAACUUCAUUGGCAGUGAGGAUUUCGAGAAGCUUGUGAACGAAUACGAUGACAGGCAGCGGCAGGGAUAUCUCCAAGCCUUUAGAAAGUUCGAUGUCGACCAGAGUGACCAGAUUUCGACGGAAGAACUCCAAGAGGUCUUGCGGUCCAUGCAGCUGGUGGUGCAGCCCAGCUUGUUGCUGGAGAUCAUGAGGAAGGUGGAUUACGAUGACUCCGGCGAGUUGUCCUUCGACGAAUUCGAACAGCUGAUGAAGUUGCUGAGCGACUCUGAUGGCUUCCCGGAGACUGAACACCAGGAGCUCAAGAAGGCCUUCCAGCGAUUUGACAGCACCGGGGAUGGCCUGCUCGACUUGCAGGAGUUCAAGAGCACGCAGGGCUGGCUCGGCUACCAGCUGAAGGAGAGAGUCCUGGAACAGAUCUUUCGAGAUGCGGAUUUCGACGACCGGGGUACCCUCGAGUACCCGGAGUUCGUUGAAGCCAUGAAGGCAGUUCGCGAAGUCGAGAUGAAAGAGAUCCAGAAGGUUUUCGAGGAGCAGGAUCAGGAUCGUAAUGGCUUAUUGUCACCCACGGAGCUGGAAGGUGCCCUGAAAGUCCUAAACUAUGAUUGCGACUUGCAGGUGGUGCUGGAGGUUGCGGCGCAGGUACAGGAUGCCAAAGGGGGGCCCAAACGCCUGGAGCUGAACUACGAGGAUGCAUUGGAUUUCCUGCAAAGAUACCGAAACUGCGAGGGCUUGAAUCAAGCCGAGCUCCAAGACCUCGAGCUGGCCUUCGAAAGAUACGAAAACGAUGCUGGUUCCGUCCGUUCCCGCGACGUCCACAAGGUCCUAAGCUGGUUUGGCUAUGACCUUUCCCCGCAGGAAGUGGAUCGCUUCGUGCAACAAGCGCAGUGCAGCGACGGACAUCUGAGCUUUCAGGAGGUCAAGAAGCUCCUGCGCAUGGAGCGGGAGGAGGCUAUGCAGCAGUACGAGAGAGUUUACCGUCGAGACCAUGGCGCGAUGGAGAUCGGUAGUCAGCAGGCUGCCUUGCUUUUCGAAGAGCUGAACUUGGAAGCACGAAGUGCGAACUCCAACUUUGAGUUGGGCCUUGCGUCCGCUUUCCGCAAAGGUGGUGCGGGGUUCUCUCCGGAAAGCUUUGUUCGAACCUGCCUGAAGCGGCGCAAGGGCAAGGCUCAAGAUCGGAGGACAACGGCUGGUUUUGACAAGGAGAUUGGGCAGUUGAAGGAGCUUUUCGUAAGCCUUGCCAAGGGCCCCCAAUCAGCCCAGCGCCGAAGGGAUCCAGACUUAGCGCUCUCUGCCGAAGAGGUUGCACAUGUUGCCCGGAUCCUCUUUUCGUUUGGAGUCGUGGAACCUUUAAAAGCAACCUUGAGUGAGCUCCUUCGGGAUGUGGAGCGUAGACCGCCCAUCACGUUCAAUGCUUUUCUGCGCCACAUGCGCUUCUUUGUCGACUUGUUUGCAAAGGAUUACAAGUUCCGGGAGCAAUGGGCAAUCCGAGACACCGGCUUCUCUGCUAAGGAAGUGGAGGACUUCCGCCAACUCUUCCUUUCCAAUCUGGAGCACCGGGAAGGCCUGGUCUCCAUCGGACAGCUCAUGUCUCUGCCAGAAUUGCGCCGAGCGCUGCCGGCCUCUGAUGCCUCCCUUGGUGCCGCCGUGCACCAGGUGAAAGGUGAAUCUCUGCAGCUCUUAAACGGCACUCCCAAAGCAAAGCUGGAGGAUAAGAACGCGGUGAUUAACUUCCCACAGUUCCUGCGGAUUGCCAAGCAGUUGCUGGAACAAACGGUAUUUCCAGGCCAAUCUCGGAAGACCGAUGCCCGCCUGCGUGGAAAAUCCAUGACGGCGCUGGCUCAGGAGAAAGAUGCGCGAAGAGAGUUCUUCGACAAGUUGGACACCGACAGCACGGGCUUCUUGACAUGGCAGGAGUUUAGCGAGGUCCUCCGAAAGCCUGAGCUGCGAUCCUGGAUGGCAACCUUGGAGCUUGAGACCUACGACCUGGUGAACCUGUUUCACAUGAUCGAUGACGGUGACGGCGCUAUCACCGUGGCAGAGUUCCUCGAUGGAGCCAUUCGCCUGCGAGGUGUGGCGAAAAGCCUGGACCUGGCGCAGGUACUCAGCACCACCCGAAGGGUGGACGCCAAACUCGAGGCGUGCCUCAUGGCCAUCCAGAAGUUGUCGGGCGAGAACGACAUGGAAAGUUUGAAGAAGACGGCCUUCGGAAAGAUGUCAAGAUUGACGACCAGACGAAUGUCGUUGCACAGGCGGCAUUUGGAACCCUUCACAUGA